CAUGCCCCUUGAUUCCUACUUUCAUGACCGCUCACCCCGGUAACAUCCUGUCCAGCGAUUCUGCUCGCGUUUACUGCCUGCCUGGACAAAUUCCACCAAAGCCUGGCGAAGACUGGACUCGGUUUGUUUGCAUCUCAGACACUCAUUCCAACGAAUACCCUUUGCCGGAUGGCGAUGUACUACUCCAUGCUGGUGACUUGACAAUGUGGGGAACUGUCGAAGAGCUUCACUACGCGAUGAAUUGGUUGAAUUCGCAGUCCCAUCUCACUAAAAUAUGUAUUGCUGGGAACCACGAUAUGGCACUGGAUCCGUACCUGGACACAAUAUCAGUCAAAGAAUAUGACGAGCUCAAGAAAUACAUGAAACGUGACGAGUUUCAAAACGACGGAUUAUACUAUCUGGAAUACGAGUCUCUGACAUUUCAAACGUCCGCUGGGAAGGAGUGGAAAGUCUUUGGAUCGCCGGGUUCUUCGGUGUACAAAGCAGCGGGAGCUUUUCAGUACCGAGGCAGUCGCCAAGGACAAGAAAUUAGCCGGAAAAUACCACUCGAUACCGAGAUACUGCUCACUCAUACGCCGCCCCACAAAAUCCAUGAUACAACGAGAAGAGGAAAAUCAGCUGGAUGCGAAGAGCUGGCCGAGAGAAUGAACGAUCUCGAGAAAUGCAGGUUACAUGUCUUUGGACACAUUCACGAGGCCUGUGGGGCAUCCAUUCCUGACGGAGGACGCGUCUCUGUGAAUGCGGCAAUGAAGAGAAAGCCAAGUGCUACCAUUGUUGAUCUUCGAAAUUGGUGAUCAUCCCAGCUAUGCCAUCGAACAACGCGAGCUUUGUAUUUUAUUUGACUGCACUUUUCUCCAACGCGAGGCCCACACCUGCAUCGCAUUGAGUAUGAAUGCACUGACUAAGAGUGCCGUCGUAGCGCAAUGGUAGCGCGUCAAGCUGCCCACGCUUGGGUUUAGCCCGCACCUGGUCGCCGGUACUUUGAAAGAAGUAUGUAAAUGUUUUUGUUAGUUGUGAAUGACACGCCUUAUUCCCAUGAAAGACGUCUCAAUCGUGAUUAGGGACACAUAACAAUGGAUGAUGCCCGUAGAGAUACUUCUCUUAGGCUAUCUUGCUGCAUCGA